AUGGGCCAUGAAUCAACGGUAACCCCUGCGACGCCAACCGCCGUGGCAUCUCCUGCUGCGCUUCAGGCUGGGACUCAAUCUUCGGCCCUAGUUCCCGUCGCUUCUCCAGCUCAUGCCGAGCCUUCGGAGGAGUUGACCGUGGAUUCGCUGCGCGACCUUCUCGCUGAGCCAGCUGACGCAACGGUAGACUCCGUAAGGACUGCUCUCUUGCCGUAUUUGACGCUGAUGGCACGGCACCAAGUCCAGCUCAGCAUCUCGCCUCCACUUCAGGGUGACAUUCGCACUCAGUGUCGUUUGAUUGACGCGCUCGGCUUCGACCAAGUACUAGCGGCGGUUCAACCUCUCUCCGACACGUUACCGGAUCUUCCUCAUGCAGUCGGUGAGCUCACCGCUCAACUGAAAAUCUCCCGAGAAGAAGCUGCCGCUGCUAAGUGUCUACUGGUUCCUGUCCAGCUCCGAGUUGAGUCUCUGGAGAAUCUUCUCAACAAGUCUACGGCUGAGUUGAACGGGCUUCAAGCGUAG